AUGCAAAACUUUAGCAAUGAAGACGAAUUCCGGUGCUUCUGCUUCUACCGGGAAGAGGUGGCUCCCCAGUUAUCCUAUAUCAGCCAAUCUAUUUGGCAGACUUUGCUAUUGCAAGCUGGCCAAGACCAGGAUUUUGUACGCCAUGCUAUUAUUGCGAUUGGAGGUCUAAGUAGGUCGAUGAAAUUGAAAGAAUUGGAAAGGACGGGAGAGGAAAGUCCAUCUGAUCCCAAUGCUGCCUUCCUUUAUGAAUUUGCACUUCUGCAGUACAACCAAUUUUUGGCCGGGACAAAGACGCACAUAGCUGUCGCAAAGAGAGACCAAGGGAGACGAUUGGCAAUGAUUUCUUGCUUGCUGGUGGUGUGCAUCGAGUCUAUGCAACUACACCAUCAAAGUGCCCUGCUCCACUCCCAGCAGGGGUUCAAGCUCAUCGAGGAGCUGAAGAACGAUAAUGACACACCGGAUCACUGGAAUAGUGGCGGCAUAUCACCAUCUGCGCCCAAUAUCAUCGAAGACGAACUUUUGCAGCAAUUUGACCGCAUGGAGCUUCAGGUCCUGGCUCUAUAUGAUACACGAAUGGGAGAGCAGCAUCAGAUCCUCAAGGACGAGGGCAAUUCGUUUGUUAGGAAUAUGCCGGAGGCUUUUGUGAACAUUGACGAUGCUAGGCAGUACUUGGAACUAAUAAUGCGAAGAACGUUUCAUUUCAUGGCUUACGCACAAGCUGAUAAAUAUGCGCUCUUGAAUUUUAAAGAAGUUCAAGAGGAUGCUUACCCUAAGGAACUUUCUCGGGCACUUGUUAUCCUCGAUGGCCUGCAGGUUCAACAAGAGAUGUACGCGGCCGAGAAUAGACGCUGGAGUAAAGCAUUUGAAUCACUAUUUCGAUCCUCGCUGAAGGAUAUCAACCAUCUGGACGCAUUCCAAGUCCUCAUGAUGAAGAUUCAUUCGUUGAAUACCACGAUGCGUCUAAAUGGUCACCUUUCGUCUACCGAGCUUAUAUGGGAUUCCUUUGCUCCACAGAUGGAAAACCUCGUUGGGAUGUGCAGGACGGUGUUUAACCAUCCACACGCAGAUAUCGUUUUUGGUGAAGGAGUCUUUACUUUUGACAUGGGCCUGAUUUAUUCACUGCUCACAUCAGCGAUUCACUGCCGGGACCGGAGGAUUCGGCGAGACGCGCUCGAUUUGCUUGGUACGAGGCCUUGGAGAGAAGCUCAGUGGAUGAGUCUGCUGUGUGCGGAUGUGGCAAGGUUCAACAUGGAGACCGAGGAAGAUGGUGUUGGGACGGAGUAUAUUCCGGAGUGGGCCAGAGUUAGGUUGACUGGUCUGGAUAUCAUUGAAAAGGAAUGGAGGGGGACUCUGCACGGUAUUCGAGGCGUUGGCGAUUCCGCUGUUCAUAUACAGAGCGUGAGAAAUUGGUCUGGUAUGGGAGACUGA